UUUCAGCUUUUCAUUUUACUUUUACGCAGGAAACAACAGGUUGCUGCACAAACUAAAAAUACGCCUAGUUGCCGCCAGCUGACAAUAGACUGAGCUGCGUUACAGAAUGUUGCUAUUGGCUUGUAGUUACAAAUCAGGAAGUGUCAGUACACAAAUUCUUACACAUAAGGCUGGAAGGACAAUGUUCUGUUCUUUACUCAGUGUUGGUUCAUAGCCAGGUACCAGACUAGGCUGGCAGCGAGAGAUCCGCCAGAAUUUGCUCCUUGCGCCGUCAACAUGAGGAGCUCAGAAGCCUCGAGCAGAGACCUAGUGAUCCUGUAUGAAGAGGAGGCAGAAGAGUGGAGUGCAUAUUUGAAACAGAUUUUCCUGGACCAAUUAAAUCCAAAAAGUAUCCACUGCUAUAAAGUCGGAUGUCCCAAUGAUCUGAAAAUUGCAACUCCCGAGCUGGCUGCCUACAGAUGCAAGUUGCUCGUGCUCACUCCUGGUUUCCUAACUGCACUGACAAUCCCAAAGAGAAUCCACCUCAGUAAGAUUUUGCAACCUUCUGAUGAAGUGGUGCUGCUUCUCUGCGGAGUACCGAAUUCUGAUGAACUCUACCAGCUGGUGUCUAUACCGAGAGGAAGCUGUGAGCUCUCGAGCGAUCAGGAUGCUCAAGACUAUCAGUCUGCUGUCAUCAGCAUCCUCAAUUCAGAUUCAUUUAUAGAAUCUGGUGUCAAUGAUUGGCAGCAGUGCAUGGGUCCAAGAGAAGAUCCACUUGGAGGGCCUGGUUCCUUUAAUGCCGUCACUGUGCCUGUGUUGGUGAUACCAAAUCGGAUACAGUGCAAAAGCCCAAGUGAGAUAUACAUGCUGCUGAAAAAUAGUGUGUCACUCGGUGAAAACCCAGAGAUUGAAUUUCUGUCAAGGACUGAGAAAGUGAAGGUUCGACCAACUAUUUGGAACAGUCAAACACUUUGCGUAAGAGCUCUCGAUCUGCCUGCUGGCCCAGUGACAAUGAGCCUUUAUUGUGGAGGAGUGCGAAUAGCCCAGGCUGAAGUUUUGUACUACACUCCAAUGGAAGAAAUUGAGCGAUUGCUAAUAAGAACAGCUGAUCCAAUAGAAUUCAUCUGUCAGGAUAGCAUCUCUGACAGAGCAGUGGUCCCUCAAGAUUGCAUCAGAAGGUCAGCCUUGACUUUGGAGCCAAGUCUUAGGAUUUGGGAUUUGAGAUUUGAACCUACAACUUCCAACUCCGAGGCAUUCCAGAUUAACUCCAAGGAUCAAUUGGAUCAGCUCCUCACUCAAUCUCUUCGUAACUCACUACCACCCAGUGGACUUGGCGUUUUCCAAACUCUUGGACCUAAUGAAAGAACUGAACACAGUGAUCUGGGACAUGGCCAUGAGUUCCCAACCCUGCUCCAUUUUGCAGCCAAGAAUGGACUAGAGAAUCUUGUCACUCUGCUUCUAGAAUGUCCUGGAUCAGCCCAGGCCUCCACUGUCCUGAAUGUUUGUAGAGAAAACCCAAGAGAUAUCGCUGAAAAGAAUGGAUUUCUGCAAAUCCGGGAGCUCUUAGAUAAAUUUGCAAAUGUGGCCAUCGCUGGCAAAGUUGGUAUUGUGGUCCAUUCUUAA